AUGCCGCCCUUUGGACCGUCGAGCUCGAGUCCAACAUACUACGGUGGAUGUGGUUCUCGCGGCCCUGGACGCAUUCCUCGUUCUGAUUUGCUGGUCGUCGGGAACGAUGCUCCACGAGCUUCUCGGAAAUCUGGACCGAAGCGACCGGCUGCAGAGGCGCGAUGCCGCUGCGGUACGACCUACACUGCAGAUUCGGCCUUUUGCCGCGUUUGCGGUGAAAAGAGGCCAUCAGUUCCAUCAGUUCCACCUCGAGGGCCAAAUGGGCAACGCACAGCCACUCCGCCCAGAUCUGUGAGCCCUGGAGCACGCUCAUGGCGCUCAAAACCAACCACUCGGCCAGAGUCAGCACCAUCAGCACCAUCAGUACAAAGAGAUUAUUUGCCGGAGGUGAUUCAAGGCCUACUUGCAGAGCACCAGGAGACUGAGCGAAGGCGACCUGCCGCCCUCACUCCCGAGAAAGUUCUCGCAAACCUGCGCCGCUUGAGGUUGCGAUCGGGCGUGAGGGUUCAUGAUAUACAGGAUCUGAUCCGGCAGCAACGUGAUGGAAAACUGACCGUGGCGGAGUUUCGAAGCUUGUUGCGCGAGGUUGGCAUCAAAGUCGACGACGCUCUCGCGCAGGAGACCUUCGCACGUCUGGACAGAGGUGGCCAUCACAAGAUUUCGUGGGCAGAAUUGUGGGCAGCUAUGGCACCAACUCCAAGUGAUGUUUUGAAGGAGUUGAGGGUGGCCAUCCACAAGAAGCGUAUGACAGUGGCAGAACUAAUUCAGCCCUACGACUCUAAUGCAGACCAUAUCUUGACAGCAGGGGAGUUUCACAGGCUGCUGGAUGGUUUGGGCUUCGAGUUGGAUGAUGCUGAGGUCAGACACAUCCUUCAUCAGAUAGACCUGGAUGGAACUCGGACAAUUUCAUGUAAGGAGUUGGAAUAUGCAUUGGAUCAGCUUGGAGGUUCGGCACCCAACGAAAGGCCCACACUUAGCAGGGAGACGUGGAAGGGCGAUGAGUUGGUACCUCCCAAAGGGUUCACACAAACUUCGCCUGACCUGACCAUGCAAGUGCCGGAAGGUGCUGGAGGUAGACCAGGCAGACCCUUGUCUCCAGCUCGACCUGAUCAGACCGUGUCGCAACCAGAUCCACCAGCUGCAACCGGUGCUUUGAAUGAAAUUCUGCGGGAGUUUGAUCCGAGCCCGCUACUCGUCAAUCCCUCCAGCUCGUCAAGCUCCCAAAAGACCACACGACCGCGACCAACACUUCAGGAUGUCAUGUCACAGCUGCGGAAUCUGCGGCUGGUCCGUGGUAUAUCGCUGGCUGAUCUGAAGAGCACUUGCGAUGCAGGUGGUGACGUGAAGUUGACCAAAGAUGACCUACUCAAGGUACUACUCCGCGUCGGAAUACAAGCCGAUGCUGCCCUUGCUGAGCAAGUCUUUGGCUUCAUUGACCAAAACGGAAAUGGAAAGAUCAGCUGGGAAGAGUUGUGGGCAGCUGCCAGACCCUCAGUAGACGAAGUUCUUCAAGUGUUGAAGGCUAUCAAGGAGCAAAGAGGUCUCAGCAUCGAAAGAUUGCUUCGCCAGCACGACUCCAGUGGAGAUGACAAGUUGGCCUUCAGUGAGUUUCAGAAAUUGCUUCAGUCACUGAGCAUAGACAUCGAUCAGGAGACAGCAGCGGAGGUCUUCAAACGCCUUGGCCGUGAUGGGGACAAGCAGCUGUCAGUUAAUGCAAUUGUUGGAAAGGGAACGCCAGAACCAGGUCCACUGCAAGAUGUCAUGUCACAGCUGCGGAAUCUGCGGCUGGUCCGUGGCAUAUCGCUGGCUGAUCUGAAGAGCACUUGCGAUGCAGGUGGUGACGUGAAGUUGACCAAAGAUGACCUACUCAAGAUACUACUGCGCGUCGGAAUACAAGCCGAUGCUGCCCUUGCUGAGCAAGUCUUUGGCUUCAUCGACCAAAACGGAAAUGGAAAGAUCAGCUGGGAAGAGUUGUGGGCAGCUGCCAGACCCUCAGUAGACGAAGUUCUUCAAGUGUUGAAGGCUAUCAAGGAGCAAAGAGGUCUCAGCAUCGAAAGAUUGCUUCGCCAGCACGACUCCAGUGGAGAUGACAAGUUGGCCUUCAGUGAGUUUCAGAAAUUGCUUCAGUCACUGAGCAUAGACAUCGAUCAGGAGACAGCAGCGGAGGUCUUCAAACGCCUUGACCGUGAUGGGGACAAGCAGCUGUCAGUUAAUGCAAUUGUUGGAAAGGGAACGCCAGAACCAGGUCCACUGCAAGAUGUCAUGUCACAGCUGCGGAAUCUGCGGCUGGUCCGUGGCAUAUCGCUGGCUGAUCUGAAGAGCACUUGCGAUGCAGGUGGUGACGUGAAGUUGACCAAAGAUGACCUACUCAAGGUACUACUGCGCGUCGGAAUACAAGCCGAUGCUGCCCUUGCUGAGCAAGUCUUUGGCUUCAUUGACCAAAACGGAAAUGGAAAGAUCAGCUGGGAAGAGUUGUGGGCAGCUGCCAGACCCUCAGUAGACGAAGUUCUUCAAGUGCUGAAGGCUAUCAAGGAGCAAAGAGGUCUCAGCAUCGAAAGAUUGCUCCGCCAGCACGACUCCAGUGGAGAUGACAAGUUGGCCUUCAGUGAGUUUCAGAAAUUGCUUCAGUCACUGAGCAUAGACAUCGAUCAGGAGACAGCAGCGGAGGUCUUCAAACGCCUUGACCGUGAUGGGGACAAGCAGCUGUCGCUGAGGGCACUCUUUGGGUUUGACUCCGGGGGAGGUCGCCAAGCGCCGACUUCACCUCAAGGUGGGUCUGGAAGAGCCUCAGGAGCCUCAGGAGCAUCAGCUGACGUUUUGGAUGACUACCUGACUCGCGAGCAGCUCAGGGAAAUGAUCAUCCAAGCUGGUGUUGCUGCAGAGGACGAAGAAGGUCUUCUCAACAAAAUUUUCCAAGAAAUCGACACUGGCAGGACAGGGCGAGUAGCUCGAAGAGAAUUGUGGCAAAAACUUGACCGAUUUUUGCCCAGUGGUGAAGAAGAGGCUCAGAUCGAUGCUGCCAUGCCCAUGUCUAGGCCAAGAAUGCCCAGCCCACCACGUCCUGCAACACUGCCACAGCCUGGUCGAUAUGAAAGUCCUCGAUCAGCUUCAGGAUAUCCUUUAGGUUCUCAAGCUUGGGAAUUGCUGCAUCGGAUCUACCGCCGCUUGGCGGGUCAAGAUCCCAAUGUCCCAACGAUAUCCUUGAUUGAAGAGAUUCGGCGUGAUGUGCAUGUCCGCAACGAGAGGCUCUUGGAGCGACCGGUUGUUGGGAUAGCAUUUGGGCAAGGCCCCAGUAUUUCAUUAGACGCUGCGCUGCAGCAUGUUUUGCAUCAAGUUGCAGGUGAGCGAAGCGUCUUGGAAUACACCACAUGGGAGCGCUUCAACUGGCUGCUGAUUGAGGCUCAGCGCUUCUGUCAGACGGAGGUCCGAAGUCCAAGACCGAUGGAUCCGCGGCAACCUCCGGGCCGUCCAAGAUCCCCAAGACUGGAAAGCCCGGCUCGUUCCCCAAGCCGGGAUGGAUGGUCCAGAUGGGUCCUCUCUGCAGGGGGAUCUAUGGCUGGCUGCCCGAAUCCAGAUGAGGAACCUGGAGGGGCAAUCGAGUGGAUGACCAAAGAGUUGGGUUUCGACCGUGAGAUCCUCUACCGUUUGUUCGACAUGUUCCGGCAGGGGGCGGAAAGACCUCGACUGGUGGGCCGGGAUCGAUUCAUACAAUUGGUGCAGGCCAGUCCCAGAUUACAGACUGCUCUCUUGAUGACCCCAUUGAUCUCCAGCACUAGGGUGAUCCAGCCCAUGAACUGGGGAGAUUUCCUGUGGUAUUUGUCUCAAGUUGAUGCUAUCAGUAUUUCAUGGUCAGAUAUCUUGGCCACAGCGUGUUGCUGUCGGACAGUGAGCCUUGGGUUAGCAACGGGACAACGACAUCCCAGUCAGAUGUCCCCAAGGAUUUCAGUGGCCGAAAGCAGAGCUCGGUUGGACGAGUACAGGCGACGUGCUGAAGCACAAACGCCUACCAGGGUGUCUAGUCCCAGCAGCCCCAGCAGAAAUGCGAUUCCAUCUACCUCCUUGCCUGCCGUGCAGAAACUGGCUCCCAAGAUACCCCAGCAUGCUCAGCCCACCAAUUUCAGUGAGAGCUCUCCAUUGGCUGCGAUUGAAAAUAGUUUCGCAAGAGUGUCUGGACCCAUGCCACAGCAGAGAAUGUCGAGGCAUCCAUUCCUUCCAGAUGCUGAUGAUGAUUUUCCGCCGCAUUUCAGGGGUGGCUACUCAGACCGGAUGGGCCCUGUUCCUAUGGCAGAGAUGCCAAAGCCUCCUCCGCCACCGCCUCUGGCAGAACCAGCUGGGCCAGAUGGGUGCAGCAAACGUUUGAGGUUUCAAGUCAGCAGACCCUACGAUCCAACGGAGCAAGACAGGAUUGCAGCAGAGCUGAGAAAAAUUUUUGAUAUGCGGAUCAAGUCUGCCAUUGAAGGGAGCACAUCUUGCGACCUGCGGCCUGGUCGGCUUCUGAAGGGUGAUGUUGAUAUGCCCAACAGAACCCAACAGCUCCCAAUCGGUCAUGUGAGUCAUGCGCAUGGUGCUCUGCCAUGUGUUGCACACGCGGCCUUUCACAGGCAAGCAGUUGCGGGCGCUGUUCUUCUGCUGGCUUACACUGCAGGGCCACGUUCUAGGAACAAAGUGCCAUCCUCUAGGCCUUCCGCUGAACUCUACAGAGAGGGGGCCGCUCAAAAUGCGCUAGAUACAAUAGAUGGACCAAAGAAGGAGGAGCGGCAGCUGCAGGACCAAACGGCGCCGUACUUUUUCUUCACCACGCCUCCGUAUGUGAAUAUAGUGGUCUUUGACUCGCACGAUUCCAACUGCGAUGUUAACUUCGAGUCCCCACCCGUGACAGAUCCAAACCUUGUGGGGUAUCCUGCUGAUGGAACCGACUCCUUGCGUCAAGCGCAUAUGGCAUGUGGAGUUGCACCAGCACGAUUCGUUUUCACCACUUCUGAUCUUUCAGCCUAUGAAGAUGAGACCAUCCAGGCAAAGAUGCAGAUCCGCAUUACUUGCAACCGAGCCUUCUUCGUGGAGUCACCAACCUGCGAAAAUGUUCUGGAUGCCACUGGCGAUUUUCCUCGGAUUGAGGAAUGCCGCUUCAAUGAGCACGAGGCAAGAUUGAUCCUGCAGACGCGGCUUAAGAAACAAUCGACCUACUCGCUGACUCUGAAGCUGCUUUUGCCUGCUGGCAGAAUGACCGCCGCGGAGAAUAGUUACGUGUUCACCACAGAGUUUGACCCAGAUGACAUCAUCGAGGGCACGAAGUCAUCAAUAGAUUUGGGCUACACGGUGCCUCAUGCGAAGGACCCCACUUACGGCAAUGACUUCACAUCUCGAGGCUACAUCACUGGCUUCUUCUGGCAGCCCACGCUCACCUACGAAUCAAGUCCAGAUGUGAUUACUGUGUUCACAUUUGGCUUGCGCACCUUUGGGUUCAUGAACACUGACUACAACAUCGACGUCGUGGCACAUCCGACCAACGUAUGGAAGAUCGGAAUACCAGGAACUGAUUGUGAUCAAUUUACGCCACCCCACAUCGGAACGACCUGCCGACUUCGGUCCUUUCAAGGAGCACUAGCAUCAGAGGCGAACGGCUUCCGCUUGGAUGUGGGCACCACGCCAAUGAUCAACUUGGGAAGUCAAGCCACUCCGCAGUUCUCUCUGGUGAUCCGGAACCCGCCGUCCUCUGUCAACAUGUACUGGACCGCAACCUCAUUCCGUAUCGAUGAGGAUCAGCUACCGCAAGAGCCAUUCACAGUGUUCAUCGACAAGCCGAUCAGUGUCAUGGGCAUGCCGACAGGGCAGAUUGUUGCGUUCGAACGCGGUGAUGUCAAUGUGGAGCAGUGGGUCGUGCUGGAGUUCAAGCCUGGCAACACCAUUAUGCCUGGUCAAACCAUGUCAGGGAUGAUCGUUAUCCUUCCACCCACCAGCUUUACCAUCGUGGCCAGCGCGGCUCCGCAGUUGCCGAAUCCAACCUACAACGAGCUGCCCUGCACGUCAUGGCCAGAGGCAGAUCGCCUCGCUGGGCGAUGGAUCUGCCCCAUUGCAGAUACUGCACCCUUCAAAGAAACGACCUACGGCGUCAGAUUGAAGGUGGUGAAUCCAUCGGAGCCGGGCGCCGCGCGAUCAUGGAGAGUCGAGUUGUGGGAAGAGGAUGCUUCAAAACCGGUCGCUGCAACACGUGGAAUCCGCGGAAUGGAAGUGUCAGGGCCAAUGCAGGCUGCGCUGUCGCAAGAGAAUCAGUUGCUGGGAAGUAUCAACACUGUUCGGUUUGAUAUCACUCCUCAACAGCCAAUCGGAAACGUGCCAAACACUCGCCUGCGAGUCUUAGCCCCACCUGGCUUUGUGGUCAUCAAACGAUGUCUGGGUUUUCAGCCCAUUGAGCUCCCAGCGUGCGAAUGCAUAGGUUCCGACUCGAAUUCCUUCGAGUUGGUGUUUAGUGAGCCUGGUGCCAUCCAAGGAGGCACUCAAUACUCCUUCCAGCUGCAGUUGCAAAAUCCGGUGAACAACAUUGCAGACGCGGACAACGUUUGGUCUUUUGACACCUUGCGGCCAGAUGGUGUCGCCAGGGACACUGCACGGUCACAAGGAUUCUUUCUCUAUCCCUACGAGUUUUCGUCCUUUGUGGUGGUCCCUUUGAUGCGAAAGCCUGGGCCUCAAACAAUCGUCAUCCGCUUCAUCUCGCCUCUGCUCAUCCCCUUCGACGACUACGUUCGAGUCCGAGCGCCUCUCGGGGUUGCUUGGCGCGCCUCAGAUCUUCAAUUCAGCACGCAGGGAGAGCUCACGCAAGCGAAUGAGCUUGGAGCAAAAGAGCCCAGUGUGGAGUACGAAACUCCCAAUGAGCUCGUUGUCCAGCUCACCACAACCGCGCAAGCCAACUUCGAGUACGGGAUUGCGGCUGUAGCAGAGAUACCCCAAACAACGCCAGUGCCAAAUGCAUGGUGGAUUGAGCAGUACCGAAGAACUGGAAAUCCUGCGCCAGACAGCUGGCGAUACAUUGCAUCGAAGGGAGCAUCUGGCUUCAAGACCCAGGUGUUGAUCAACACAAAGGUUGAUCCUUUCAACAUCGUGGCAGAAGGUUGGCAGAAUCCAACCCUCUUCGUCUUCGAGACGACGAUCGAGGUGAUGCCCUUCCUCCAAGCCACUGCUUCGGGGACAGAGUUGGUUCCAGCAGUAUUGCUGGUAGAAGCUCCGCCAGGGUUCACCUACAUUUGCCCACUGACAGAAACUGUGUACAUGCCACAGUACUCGAUUGGGCUUCCUGCUGAUACAACGUGCUCGGUGGAUCACAAUAACUUGGCAGAACGCAACAAGCUGUACCUUGAGAUCCCAGAUGGUUUGAAGGGCGACACUCGCUAUGCAUUCACGGUGGAUGUGGUGAACGCUAGGUUUGUGGACCCUCUGAGAAAUGUGUUCCGCAUGGCAACCAUGUUGAAUGGAGAGGUGGUGGAGGAGGCAACGACAGCAGGCUUCCAGUUGGCCCAGAGAAUGGACAACACCAGGUACAUCUACGAUUCACUGAGAGAGGACAGAAGAGUGGAAGCUUCGGCGAACAUCGUGACGUUCGUCCUUGGCACCACCAUGGCAGUGACAGAUGCAACGGUGCUCGAAAUUCGCGCUCCAAUUGGCUUCCGCUUCCUGGAUGCCUGUGAUGGCCAGGUUGGUUGGGCGACGUGGGUGCCAUUGAUGUUGCCAUUCCCUACCUUCGGACUUUGUCAAGGCAUGGGUGCAGCAGACUCCAGCAUGGAAAACAUUGCACGACUGCAGGUUACUGGACCUUGGGAACUCGGCGACUAUGGUCUCUUCGUGACGGUGAUGAACCCCAUGUUCACCCCUGCCCGUAACUUCUGGGGCUUCACGAUCUACGACACGAAUAUGUUGCCUCUCAUGUCCGAGUCCUGGGUCUAUGGCUUUGACAUUCAAGUGGUGCUGAACCCUAUGCUGAAAGCCUACAACCAGGGGAAUGGUGUAGAUGGUGAAGCAGCCAUCAAUCACAUUGACAUCAGCUUCAUGCUGAGUACAAGGCUCCCUCCGCAGCCAAAUGCAGCACAUGCCAUUGUGGUAACAGCUCCUCAAGGAUUCUUCUUCCCAAGCAUUUGCCAGAGCUUCACUUUGGACACCUUUACGCCUGGUUUCACAGGAUUUCCCAAGGGCACAGGCUGCAAUGGGAACAAUGGCAACAUUCUGAAGAUUUCCUUGCCGUUCAUGCGAGAGUUGAGGAAUGGCACCAGCUACAUGUUCAGAGCCCUGGUGGUCAAUCCACGUGAAACCUUCACAGAUGUGACCUCACCAGACAAGUACUGGCGCAUUGAAUCGCAAUAUGCAGAUGGCACCAUGGUGGACCUCAAUCGGGUUAUCCCGUCCUUUCCAAUUCUCUCCAGAUUGCGCUACUUUGCGGUCAGCACGCUUUCACAGGUGGGCCUGGCCUCAACCACCUACAGGAUACAUUUCCGAACGGAUGAGUCUUUGCCUCCCCAGCAGACGGUGCACAUCUACCCACCGGCUGGAACCACCUUUGGUGGCCUGACAGAUGGGGCGUGCAUUGAUACGGAUCCUGUAUUGCUGAGCCUUCAGUUCCCAACCCCACUCAUUUCUGGGGUAACGCGGCUCCCGGAGUGGGUCUCCUGCCAGGUGGUCAGUCCCACAGAGUUGCGACUGCGCAAUGAAGAGCCAAUUCUGGGCGGCCGGCCGUUGAUUGCAGGCCCAGUCUUUGAGUUCUUCAUCAUGAAUGCAACAAAUGGAGAAAGCACACCACUGCUCAACCUCUUUCAAAUAGAGGCAAUGACGAGCACCCUUUUGGGAAAGGAGGUUUGGACGGCCCCUGGUUGGGUGAUCUACCCAGAGCUGAAACUGACGUCGGUGUCAACGGCCAAUAUGGGCUAUGGACUGUACACCAACUUCACCAUCAUGCUGCAAACAAUCACGGAGGUGCCAUCUGGUGGCUCAAUUCGUAUCAUUGCGCCUGAUGACUACUACUUUGGUCCGGUGAUUGAAACUGCUGCCACUCGAUACGAUCCACUCGUCUCUGAACCAUCUCCUCAGGGUGCUGGGCAGGAGCGGCCGUCGCCCACCCAGGUGACGAUUUGUCAUAUCCUCCGGCCGGACAAUUGGGCCUGCUCACUUGAAUUUGAGCCCUGUGUGAUCAUGAAUGAGUUGGAUGAGCUCAUCACACUUGGCAUGGUUCUGUCUCCUUCACAGGAAAAUGCCAGAGUUGGAAACAGGACGAUAUGCUUGGACUUGAGGUCGAAGUGCGAUGCUGGAGGGAAACUCUCAGACCUGGUCUCCUGCAGCAGUCAGGGCAGCACGCUGGACCUUUUCAUUGCACCCAUGGUGUACUUGCCAGCACGUCGCCUCUUCCAAUUCCUGAUCCAAGGCUACAAUGCCCGAAAUCCUCCAGUCAAUUCGUCAAUGAACAUGUGGCAUUACAUGACCAGAAAUGCAGACAGUGAAAACACGAUUCUGGAUGAGAAGCCACAAGUUCCUGGUGUCUCGCUGAUUGGCAUCGUCCUGGUGGACUCUAUGGUUCCUUCAAACACCAAGGCGAUGGCGACAUCAGCCACAUGCCAUGGCCAUGGCAUGGCAGGGAACUUGAGAUCACCAGAAGGUCCACAGGUGUCCACGGUCCAAGUUGUCGGCCAGGAACGUUGGAUGUUUGACAGGCUGCUCGUGAUGCUGGACCAUACAGUCACUGCGUCAGGAAAGCUCUCUGAUUGGCUGCUCGUGAUGCUGGACCAUACAAUCACUGCGUCAGGAAAGCUCUCUGAUUGGAGCCUGGGCCCACACGGGAAGGAAGUCCUUGCACAAGUCUCCAUCAGGCUGCUCGUGAUGCUGGACCAUACAGUCACUGCGUCAGGAAAGCUCUCUGAUUGGUACCUGGAUCGCCUCCUUUCUUCUGACUCUCCACCAACACUUGGUGCACGGAGCAAGAUCCAGGCUAUAACGUGGUCCGCUGAUGUAGAGACGGAAAAGGGCCGUGAUGGAUACUGGAUUUUGGAGGUGCAAGAGUGGGCCUCUUCAAUCUUUGCUGCUCCGGGCCACGCUCGGAACCUUGCACGUAGACAAGCCGAUGCUGCUGCCGCAUUGAUUCGAACGAGUGCAGAAGGAACAAGUGUUUGGCCAAGUGCAGACCAAGGAACUGCAUCGUUGGCGAUGCAGCUGGAUUCAGGUCCAGUGAAACGUCGAGCAACCCAUGCACUUCGCUCCGCGGUGCGAGAAGCUCUACGUUGGACAGAUCAUGGCAAGGUAUCACCCAUCAGGCUUGCAGACUCUUUGGCAAAUUGCGCCGUGGCAUUGCAUGCUCCCACUUCUGCUAUCCGCUCAUUGUGCUCACUAGCCAGGGUCAACGUCGGACUGUGGAGUGCUGUGAGGAACGGCAGCCUGCGCAAGCACAUUGCUCUGAAUGGCACGGAAGAUCAGCUCCGUGAAUUUGGCCGAUCCCAGGAGAAAUUUGUGACAGAGGAGGAGGUGGCUCUAUGGCGAGAUUGGUUGGUUACAGCAGACGCAGAGAUCCAAGACAUGGAAGACACUGCACCAUCUGCACCUGUUGAAAAGGAGCCUCAAAAGGAUUCAAAAAAAGAGGAGGCAUUAAAGAUGCAGUUGCUUCGCGACUAUCAGAAGUCAGCAGUUGAGGCCGUGAGGAGUGUAUUGCCGGAAAACUGCUGCGUGGUAUUGCCCUGUGGGGCAGGAAAGACUCGUGUUGGUGCAGCACUUACUUCAGAGUUCCUUGAGUCCUCUCCAGGCUGUGUGGUGGUUUUAUGUCUGCGACGUGAAGGAAUCCGGCAGUGGAAACGUGAACUCUCACAGAACUGGGGCAUUUCCGCCUACGAAGCUGGAGCUGCUCAGCCUGGAGAACUCACAACUUCCCAAGUGAUUCUGGUGACUUACCAUCGGAUGCUCUGUGAGCGUCGACGUGCCCUUGCAGAGACAUCAGAUGGACAGCCGGAAGCUGGUGGAUCAUCUGGAUCCAUCGCCGCCAGGCUAUGCGCUGCUGACAGAGGUUUGUUGAUUGCAGAUGAGUGCCACAUGGUCCCCGCGCCAAAGAUUUGUGAACUUCUCUCAAGUUUGCUGAGCAGCUCCCGGAGACUGGUGGGUCUCACUGCGACCCUUCUGAGGGAAAGUGGGGUGAACAAAGAAGCCGCAGAGAACGGUGAAGGAGAUGUGCCUUGGCCACUGCUGGGAAAGUGUGUCUUUCGCGAAACUUUUGCAAACUUAGCUCCGGAGUAUUUGGCACCGGUGCGCUGUGUAGAAGUAUCAGUGCCAGUUGUGGGUGAAUGGCGCAAGAUCUUCAAGAAGCAACAACUAGCCCCUGCAGUAUGCCUGUCAGGCGGUAAGUGGACAGUAUUGGAACGCCUGUUGGCAAAGCAUGCAGAUGACUCGCUUCUGAUCACCGUGGAACGCUGUGAACAGGCCAGGCAGAUCGCAACAAUGUUUGGUAUCAUUCCAAUUGAUGGGUCAGUUCCAGCUGCACAGAUGAAGGACUACUUGGAGCGUUUCAGACAACGAAAGAUCUUGGCACUGGUUGCAACGCAUGUGCUGGAUGACAGUGCAGACUUUCCAGAGCUGUUCGUGAUGAUCCAGAUGGGUGGCCACUUCGCCAGCCGCCGGCAAGAACAGCAACGGCUGGGUCGACUACUUCGUUGGGGUCCAGUGAAACGGCGUCGCUUCGAGGAGACGGGAGCCAGGCCUACAUUCUAUGACCCAAGCCCAGUUGAGACUUCGAGCUGUGGGGUUUGGGGAGAAUCGAGUCUCUCGCAAAAAUCGAAGCACUGCAUAGUUGAGACCCAGAGUUUUUGCAAAACCUUUGAACUCAGAUUCAGCCAGUCUGAGGUGUUAGUUCAUCAAGGGACGGUGGAAGAAAGGAUGAGCCGACACCGGACGCGGUCUGUGCUCGGCGUCAACUACGAGAGCGUUGACGCGAACAGCCUCCUGCAAAGCCCUGAGUCAACUCUUGGGAACGGUAGCGACUUUUUCCCAUCACGGCAGAAACUACAGGCAAGCAGUUUCAGGGAGCUGGAUGAGCAGCAUCAAGCUGCCAUGAAGAAGACAUUGGCUGGCUGCGUGGAGCUGUCGAAACGAGUGGCCAACAGCAUGCAAAGUGGAAAGAAGUGCAGAGAGGCGAAACUCUCUGAGAUUCGAAAAUGGCUUCGUGGGGAAAGCUCACCAGGCACAACUGAGGAUCAAGACGAUGAGGUCUUGGUGUGUUCAUCAGAGUCUGGCAGCUCCUCAAGUGGCCGGAAGAGACUUCCCUCAACAGGUGACGAGUCAAAGUCCAGCAGUUCUUCCAAUUCUUCGCAGACUUCCAAUGACUCCAGUGGCUCCAGUGGGUUGAGUGGUUCCAGUUCCUUGUCCACAGAUUCUUCCAAACCCAAAAAAACCAAAGCGGCCAGAAAGAGAAGCGACCAGAAAGCCAAGAAAGCCACAGCAGGUGAGGCCAAAAAAGGCCGAGGUCGCGGCAGAGGUCGAAAUGGUCGGAAGGCGAAAGGAGUGGCUUCACAGCCAGGUCCAGAUCCUCCAGAGCCAACUGAAUCCCCCAGGUGUGAUCCACGUGCGAUCCUGCGAAUUACCUUCCCGGUUGAGUACAUGCGAGGCGAAAAUGCCGCAUUUUCAGGGCCUGCUAUUCAGACUGGCUACACCUUUCCUCAACAGGUGGAGAGACGCCAAAGCUUAAACGUGGUUGAGCUAGAAGCCAUCGAAGAAGGCUACCCAGCCAACGUGCCACUGGUUAUCAUUUUGGGCCUGAGCAACCCAGAAAUAUCACCAACGAGGGCCAACAACGUUUGGAAAUUCGAAGCUUUCAGUUUGUCUUCUGGAACAGACGUUCUGCUGAACGUGAACCUGAACGUCACUGGCUUCAAGAUCUUUGGCGAGUUUUCAGGCGCAUAUGUCACUGGGACUGUGCUGUCACCACUGGCACAGAACGUGGUCGGCAUUUGGUUCAACUUGAAGAGUCCUCUAAAAGCCAGUCUAGAAACUGGGCAGACGAGUCAAAUGCGGCUUUGGCUGCCUCCGACGUUUCAGCCAUUGCCGGACUGCGGAACAUCAUUGAAUUUGUUUUCCUUGUCAUACGAUGUGGGCCGAGAGCUGGUGAAGAAUCCAUUCCCCACCACAAUCUCGUACUUGUCGCUGCCAUCUGGAACUUACUGCUUCGACCACUAUGAUGCAGCAAGUGGCCAGUGGUAUGUAGAGAUGACCAUCGAGCAAGAGGUGUCCUAUGGUUUGGACUUUGCCUUUGAAUUUGCCCUGACGAAUCCACUGCGCACACCGCCUUCGGCUGACAACGUGUGGAGAUUCGAAACACUUCAGAACGAUGUGAUCUUGCACUUGCGGCGGAGUGUUCCUGGCUUCGAUUUGGAGCAAAUCAAGGAAGUUCGUGUCACUCCGUCCGACACCACCACGCUACUGCCACUUCAUCGUUUGGAGUUCUACAUCAUGAGUGACAAGUACAUUCCUGGAGGUUCCAAGAUUGAGAUCACCGCGCCAAAUGGCUUUGUGUUCACCUGUGCUUUCUUUAGCACUGAUGAUGGGCUUGCCAACACGACUACGUGCUAUGUGAGGGAAAAUAACAUUGCAGAGUUCACCAUGGACACGUCCGACCCGUUGGCUCCAAAUUCGCCCUUCAGACUCUUCGUCUACGUGUCCAACCCAGAGUUCACACCGCAACAGAACUACUGGAACUUCCGCAUCAUCAGUCCUUUGGCCAAGACCUUGGACAUGCGCGACUUUGUGGACAGCUUUGACAUCACGGGACGACUGGAGGUGGACAUUCAGGCCACGUUCCCAUACUUUGGGCAGCUGAACCCGCUGCGAGUGGUUUUCGUGCAGUCCACUAUCCUGAACCAAGCGGACAUUGGCAACGAGCUGGUGCUGUCUGGCCCUGAUGGCUUCAUCUUCCCAGUGAACUGCACGGAUGGCUUUCGACUUCGAUUGAGCAAUCAGGUCGAGCAGCCAACCAGCAACAGAGGCUAUGACGUUGGCUUUGUUUUUCCACCGGAAGGUAUGACCUGCAGGGGCUACGACAAUGCAACAGUAAGCAUUCGAUUCCCAGACGGUGCAGGUCUCCUCCGAAACAACUACACGCUUGAGGUAGAUGUGAACAAUCCUGGGUAUCCACCCAACUCCACCACUUGGAGUUUCAUUACCCGAAUUCGAAAUGACCAGGAAGAUGAAAGGAUCGCAGACGCCAACCGUACUCUGGAAGGCUUCGGCCUGGUGGAGUUGCUUCCAAUGCGUCAGACUCCCAGAGCAGAGGAAAUUGUACUUCCGAAGGUUCUGCAAGACAAAGUGCGGUGCUUGCACUGCUUCCUCUUGUCGGCGGCUCGUUAUUUGAGUGCAUGGCUAGCAGAACUGGCUGCCAAGGGUGGUGCAAAUGCAAAACCGUUUUUGGAAGAGGCUGCAAAGGCCGUUGGCAAGCCAUUGGCAUCACUGGAGGUAGCUAAAGCCUUGGAUGAGAAGCUGAGCAAGCUGCCCUCGAACCAGCGGAGUUCAUUCCUUGUUCCCAGGAACGGUGGGUUACCGGAGACGGAUGCCUCUUUGGCACCCCCGCAAGAAGAGUGUGUGUAUUUGGUCGGGAAUUCCCUGGGCCUACAACCCAGCAAGACCAAGGAGCUGGUUUGCGAGGAAUUGGAUAAAUGGGCAUCCUUGGGCGUAAACGGCCACUUCACAGGGGACCGCCCCUGGAUGCCCAUUGAUGAGAACGUUCUUGAGCAGAGUGCCAAAGUAGUUGGAGCAGAAAAGUCCGAGGUGGCUAUCAUGAACAGCCUUACUGUGAAUUUGCACUUGCUUUUUGUGUCCUUUUUUAGACCAAAUGGCAAGCGCAACAAGAUCAUGUACGAGGCUGCAGCUUUUGGUUCGGACUACUUUGCCUUUGAAUCACAGGCACGACUUCAUGGCCUUGACCCAAAAGAGGUCCUGCUGCCCAUCAAGGCGAGGGAUCAGGAACUGCUUCGGACUGAAGAUAUUGUGUCAGCCAUAGAAGCUGCGGGGGACACCCUCGCAACAGUUUGUUUCGGCACCGUGCAGUACUACACAGGGCAAUUCUUCGACGUCCCAACCAUCACAAACGCAGCUCACAAAGUCGGGGCUACGGCAAUGUGGGAUUGCGCUCAUGCUGUUGGCAAUGUCGACUUGAAGUUGCACGAGUGGGAAGUUGAUGGUGCAUGUUGGUGUAACUACAAGUACCUCAACUCUGGUCCUGGAGCCAUUGGUGGGUUCUUUGUUCACCGCAAACACCAUGACAAAGGCUUGCCUCUCCUUGCGGGAUGGUGGGGUCAAAAGCAAUCGACACGUUUCAACAUGGCGCAUAACUGGGACCCAGAGGCAGACGCUGGAGCUUGGCGCUUAUCCAACCCACCGGUCUUGCAGACCGUGUCGUUGCUGGCGAGCCUGGAGGUGUUCUCCAGGACCACCAUGGCUGAGCUGCGGGGAAAGUCUAUGCUUUUGACUACUUAUUUGGAGUCGCUGCUGAGAGAUUCUUUUGGAGCAGACUUGAGCGUGAUCACUCCCUCACUUCCAGCUCGAGGUUGUCAACUUAGUCUGAAAUUCUCACAGGAGAAAGCAUGCUUGGCAACCUUCUCUGCACUGGAAAAGCGUGGCAUCGUUGUGGACCACCGAAAGCCUAAUGUCAUCCGGGUUGCACCUGCACCCCUUUACAAUACGUUCGUGGAUGUGCAACGUUUUUGCGCAGCCUUCAGAGAAGCUUUGGAGGAGGCAACUGGGGAGCCUGCUGCCAAGCGGGCUAAGGCGUGA